AUGUCCACCAGAAGACAAUUGGCAGAGCUCCUUGAAUGCAAACACACCAGAACUAUACAGCGAUCACGUGCAUUCUUCUACAGGCACGCCAUUAAAGGGGACAAACUCCUCGCACGGAUACUGAGAGGCACACAAAAUAGGGCACAAGUCCACACCAUCCGAACAGCGCAGGGUAAAAUAACGCAGUUCCCAAAGGAAAUCACAGACGAAUUUGAGAAGUUCUACACAAAACUAUACAACACACACAAAGGAAACGAUGGACAAUCCCCGACCACAAGGCAGGCGGCCAUAAUAGAAUACUUGACCAACUUACAACAAAACACCCUCACACCGGUUGAAGCAGAGGAAUGA